GGGCCACAACACGCGAGCACUUUCCGGCGUGUGUGCAGCCACGCUCGCUCGAUCGCUAAGUCGUCUCGGCCUGUAUCGCGCAUGCUGAAGGGGGCUGACUUCCCGAGCCACGGUUUGAAUGACAAAAAAAAUGAAAAUCUGAUCAAGAUGGCAAGGAAGCAAUCGCAAUACACGUUCGUUGUUAGCGCUCUUGCCAGGUUGUGUUUUUUUUUUUUGUCUUUGUUUUUUUUUAACAACAAAGUGCCUCAAUGUCAAAGCAAAAAUGUUCAGGUCAAACAAAUGUGAGCGGUUCAAAAACAAAAAACCAAAAACAUUUUAUUCUUGCUGUAAGAAUAUUAUCAUGUGACUCUUCUGGUGGAUUUAUUUCUGCCAAGUGGCCUCUGCUCACGCCGACCAUUUUGGCAGAACUGACACAGGAGCAUUUUGUCAUCCGGGAGCAUUCACGUGGUCGCUUGUUUGUUUGUUUGUUUGUUUGUUUUUUUCCCCCAGCAGAUGUUUUUCCUCUUAGGAGGUUCAUUUCGUCCGUGUGGUUUGUAAUACUGAUGAGAUUUUUUUUUGUUUUGUUUGCGUGUGUGUGUGUGCGCAUCUGUUUGCGGCCCUGGCACUUGCCCUUCUGACUGACACGGCCUUUGUCACGCGGGGGGGAAUUGACUGUGGAAAAUGACGACUCCUCCGCUGCGUACCGUUCCAACCCUGGCCCGUGAUCCACCAACGGAGCACCUGUCAUCCCAGCAUCCUUUGCGUGUCCAAUAUGGAAGAACUGGAGGUGGAGGUUCGCGGCUCCAACGGGGCUUUUUACAAGGGCUUAGUCAGAGACAUCCACAAUGAUUCUCUCACUAUUGCCUUUGAGAACAAUUGGCAACCAGAACGCCAGGUGCCCUUCAGCGAUGUCCGGAUGCCACCCCCUGCUGACGCCAAGAAGGAGAUUCGAGAGGGUGAGGAAGUGGAGAUCCUUUCCAGGGCCAAUGAUGUGGAACCUUGUGGUUGGUGGCUGGCUAAAGUCUGCAUGACGAAAGGCGAUUUCUUUGUCAUCGAGUAUGCGGCCUGUGAUGCCGUCUACAACGAGAUUGUGACAUUUGAGCGCUUGCGCCCGGUCAACACCAACAAGGCAAUCACCAGUAAUUACUUUCACAAGUGCACGAUCGCUGUCCCGCAAGAUCUGCAAGAAGCGUGUCAAACCGAGAAUGCGCAUAAAGACUUUAAGAAAGCUGUGGAAGCCUGUCAAGUCUCCUACUGUGCCGAGACCAGCCAGUUGGUCAUUGUGUCCACCAACGAGUCCACGGUGAAGCGUGUGUCUUUGCUGAGUGACAUGCACCUCCGCAGCCUCCGAACCAAGCUGAUGCUCAUGUCCCGCAACCAGGAAGCUACAAAACACCUCGAGAACUCCCGGCACCUGGUGUCAUCCUUCCAGGAAGAGUUCACGGUGAGGCCUGAUUUGAUGGGGCUGGCCAUCGGCAGUCACGGCAGUAACAUUCAGCAAGCGCGAAAAGUUCCAGGGGUCACCGCCAUCGAUUUGGACGAGGAGACCGGUACCUUCAGAAUUUAUGGAGAGACGGCAGAAGCAGUGAAAAAGGCAAGGAACUACCUCGAGUACUAA